AUAAUGAAAAGAAUAUAGAAAGGGGAGAUCCAAUCCGGUUUCAGCUAGUUUCUGUUCCGAUAGAACAUUAAUGCUUGCUUCAGUGUUUCCUAGACCCGGUUUUUACACUUUACUUAUCAGCGCGUAAGCUAUUUUAACUUAUUUCCUUUUUGUUUUGAAAGCAAACGAGCUUUAAGCAGCCAUGCCGAAAAGGAGCAAAGCUAACAAUGACACUGAAGCAGCUGGGCCCAAGAGACGGUCUGAGAGACUUCAAGGUAAACCCCAAACGCCAAAGUCUGAGCCCAAGCCAAAAGUGAAGAAGGCACCUGCAAAGGGCAAGAAGGCCAAGGAGGUAGAAAAGGCCAAGCCAGAGGAGAAGAAAGAGGACACGAAGCCAGAGGAUGAGUCUGAUGAGAAAACUCCUGCAGAGAAUGGAGAGACCAAAGCUGAGGGGGACAAUGGAGAAGCAGGAGGCGAGGAGGAAAAGGCCGACCAGAAAGAGGGAGCUGCUAAAUAACAUUAAUAACAUUUCACCAGAGCUCCCAUACCUCUUUUCUUGUACAAUACAGAGGAAUAUUUUUAUUGACUAUUUUCUAAAAAGCAGGUUUUUUAGUAGUUCAAUAUUAGAAGCUCAUUUUAUAGACAACGAUCAAGAGAAAAGCCUUAGAAGAGGGAUUCCACUUUUUCCCACUCCAAUUUUUCCUGAAGAAGAAUUGCAGUCUUGAAACAACUAAUGACUUCUUCGUAUUGUUAUUAUUAUUAUUUGUUUUUGUUUUUUUUUUUUUUUUUUUUGUUUUUUUUUUUUUCCUGACUCUGUUUUGUUUUUAAAAAGGGAGGGAAGUGGAACAGGCUGCGACAGAUCAUGUGAUCAUGCCAUUUUUAAAGAUUAAAAAAUGAAAUUUCUAUUUGAAACUGGGAGAGUUUGCCUGAGACACUAACAUUCCAUAGGCAAUAUGAGGGACACCUGUAUGUAGCCUGUAUUGUAUGGAAAGGGGGGUUCUGUAAGAAAAUGCUUUGUUUUAUUGUUUCUGGGGGGUUGGGAUUGAUUGUAAGCUGUAUUCUAUAAAUUGAAACCUCUUUAUUCGAACUGUUUUAUGAAUCAACAGCUUUGAUUAAUGAUCCUGCUCACUAGUACUGGAACACUCAUCGGAUGUGUGAUUUACAUGGACUUUUGUCUUUGUGUGGUGAUAGCAUUGCAAUAACGUUGUAUAGCUGCUGUGAAAAGGUUUUCAUAAUUUCUAUAUGCAGUAUGUGAUGGUACUUUAAGAGGAUGAAAAAUGGAAUUGUGUGUGUUAGCAAAGCUAAUAACAGCUGUGUUACAGUGUUAAACAUGCAGGUCGUAGCUGACGUUAUACAAAAGAUACUGUAAUUUCAUUCAUGUGAACACGCCAGCAGUAGCUAUAUCACUCAAGGUUUUCGGUUAAAAGUACACAUGUACAGUGUCUUUUUUUUAUUAUUUCCAUUUUUUUUAUGUAGCUGUAUCUGUAAUGAUUGGUAUGACAUACCAAUAAAAUGGUUGUAAUUUCACCUUGA